AUGCAACCAGGCACCGAAGAUGAUCCGCUUCCGUACUCUGAAGCAGUAGUUGAGCCACUUACUCUAGAGUAUGAAGCUCCAGAGCACGACACUAUGCUGGGAAACGGAGAAGCGGCGCGAGCGGGCAGUGCGGGAACCCCAAGCCGCCCAGCGCAUCCCGAGGAUGCAGUCAGUUUUCGUUUUGAUCCCAAAGUUUGGGAGCAGGUGCACCUGAAGGAUGAGAGCAACUUGAUUUUUUACGAGGGCGGCCUCGACGACGAAAACGACGGCACAGCUGGAGGUUUCGACGAGAUUCAGGAGCAGUUUCGGGAAUCCGAGGAAAUACAGGCCUCUGGGGCGCAUACUCAGUCAAACUCGGCGGAGCACAGUUGUAUGAGCGCGCCGUUCUACUUCUUAUGGGGUAUAAUGCUACGCAUUCUCCAACCUUAUUUCGAAAUCGAUAGUAGCGAUGUGAUGCUCCGCUUGAGCCGCUCAUUCGUACCUAUUCGACCACUGCUCGCCGGCGAGCAUCACCAGAUGAAUAUGGUAUUGCGCCUGCACAAAAUAUGGACCAGGAUUCGCCAGUUUUCUCAGGCGCGUUCGCCGGAAACCGCUGAAACUAAUGCGACUAUCGACAGUGAUAUCAGCGACGACGAGUGGACCUACUCGAGGAGAGCGGACUUGUAUGGGCCGUUCUGGAUCGCGACCACCUUGAUCCUGUUACUCUCGCUGAGCGGGACAGUUUCUCACCUGCUUCAUCGUGCCUCGGUGCAUGCUGUACAGACAGCAAAGGCGUCUACAGCUGUGAAACCGGUUUGGAAGACCUCUGAGAUUAUCCGCCUAACCGUUUCAGCAGCGAUUAUCUAUGGAUACGAGCUUCUGGCCGCCACUGUGCUUUGGGCGCUGCGGCUUGUUUAUCGUUCGCAGGGCCAAGUACCGCCCUGGACUACCAUGUUGUGCGUUGUAGGGUAUGCUCAGGGCCCGCUGGUACCGGCGUCAUUGCUUGCGCUGUUUCCCUAUCAGUUCUUUCAGUUUGUUGUUAUGGUUGUUGCUUUUGCCCUUAGCGUGGGUUUUUUGGCGCGCAACCUGCUAAUUGAGCCACUGGCCGGCGCCGAUACUAGUCUGGAUGCUGGUGAAGCCACGAUUACGGAACCUAUCUGGUUGUUGAAGCAGCGUGCACUCGUGCCGGCGCUUGUAGCUGGCUUGCUCCAGAUCGGCUUUGCGAUCUGGUGCGUACUCUUCAUCAUUCUGUAA